AUACUUUAUCGCAGUGAUCGUGAGCGAGCAGAAAUCGAGCCGUGUACCACUGAAAGAUGUCAAGAAAAUGCUGAAAUAUGGCACCUUCCUUCAGUAAACUCAUCUUUAGUCGUACUUCAGCAGGAUCAGUUGUAGCAGCAUUCUUGAUUUAUUCCGCCUUGAAGUCUAGAAACAAACGGAUACUAAGAAACAAGAGUGCUGCAAAUUUACAAGCUGUCAUACACAAUAAUGAGAAGAAUAAAUCAAAGAAAGACAGAGCUGCUGUGGAUUCACAGUUCUUCAGACGGUUAUUUCGUAUUCUGCGCUUAAUAGUACCUGGCUUGUGGAGUAAAGAGACAGGUUACCUCGCGUUAGUAGCGUUAUCUCUGAUAGCUCGAACAUACUGUGAUGUAUGGAUGAUUCAAAAUGGAACGGCUAUUGAAAGCUCCAUCAUCGGUCGAGAUGUUAAUUUGUUCAAGAAGCAUUUAUUCAGCUUUAUGACAGCGAUGCCUGUGAUAUCUCUGGUCAACAACUUGCUGAAGUAUGGACUGAAUGAAUUGAAAUUGAGAUUUAGAACACAGCUUACCCGCCAUCUGUACUCUAAAUAUCUCAGGGGCUUCACUUAUUACAAGAUGAAUAACCUAGACAACAGGAUAGCCAAUGCUGACCAGCUUCUUACACAAGAUGUCGAGAAGUUCUGUAACAGUGUGGCAGAACUUUACUCAAACCUUAGCAAGCCCAUUUUAGAUAUUGUAAUCUUCGUGAGGGAGCUAACCAACACGAUCGGUGCACAGGGUCCUGGGUUUAUGUUGCUCUAUCUUGCCGUCUCGGGUCUCGUUCUUACAAGAUUAAGGAGACCUGUGGGUAAGAUGACCGUACAAGAACAACAGUACGAGGGCGAGUUCAGGUUCGUCAAUUCACGUCUGAUCACUAACAGCGAAGAGAUCGCCUUCUACCAGGGCAACAAACCUGAGGAGAGAACCAUCAACAAAACAUUCAAGAAACUGGUUGAUCAUCUUCAUACCUUCAUCUUCUUCCGGUUCUCAAUGGGCUUUGUGGAUAACAUCAUUGCAAAAUAUCUUGCCACUGUAGUCGGUUACAUGGUAGUGAGUCGUCCGUUCCUCAACCUCGCUCACAAACCCUUCCUUACAAUGUCACACACGCAGAUGAUGGAGGAGUACUACCAAGCCGGUAGGAUGCUUCUUAGGUUAGCCCAGGCCGUGGGACGUCUUAUCCUCUCUGGUCGAGAAAUGGCCAGAUUAUCAGGGUUCACCCAGAGAGUAACUGAACUGAUGACGGUCCUAGAAGACCUCAACCAUGGACGCUAUGAGAGAACAAUGGUCAGAGAAGAAAAGGAUUCUGACAGUGAAGAUGACAGAGAACCCUUAGUACCUGGUAGUGGUAAACUCAUUCAUGCUGAUAACCUUAUCAAAUUUGAGCAGGUACCCCUAGUGACCCCUAAUGCAGACGUACUGGUCAAAGAGAUGACCUUUGAGGUGCCCUCAGGGGUCAACGUCCUCGUCUGCGGACCAAACGGAUGUGGAAAGAGCUCCCUCUUCAGGACACUUGGAGAGCUUUGGCCGUUAUUUGGAGGUAAACUGACCAAACCAGAAGGAAGGAAACUUUUUUAUGUACCACAGAGGCCUUACAUGACGAUUGGAACAUUACGUGAUCAGAUUAUCUACCCGGAUACCAAAGAAGAGAUGAUGAAGAAGGGAAUUACUGAAAAAGAUAUUGAAGAAAUGAUUGUAAAGGUUCAACUGGCUAAUCUUCUGGAGCGUGAAGGAUCAUGGGAUGCCGUUCAAGAUUGGAUGGAUGUACUUAGUGGAGGAGAGAAGCAGAGAGUUGCUAUGGCUAGGUUGUUCUACCAUAAGCCUCAGUUUGCUAUCCUUGAUGAAUGUACGAGUGCUGUGUCUGUGGAUGUAGAGGGGUAUAUCUACACACACGCAAGGGAAGUCGGCAUCACACUCUUCACUGUGUCACACAGGAGGUCUCUAUGGAAAUAUCAUGAGUACUAUCUGAUGUUUGAUGGACGUGGUUCGUACGAAUUCAAGAAAAUAGAUCAGGACACGGUGGAAUUUGGCUCAUGAGUGAAGAACAUUUACAAUAUCAUCUAUGUAAUUAUGUUAUAAUUAUACUAUAAUUGUUAUAUAUUAUUUUUAUAUUAUUGACAUCAAGUAAUUUAAAUCUUUUAAAUUGAAGAGAUGUAAUGAUGUCAACUCUUUGCCCACUGACUUGAUUUUGAUGGGAAAAUCAUUGAAAUCAUUUUGUGGAAAUUUCUUUUAAAACUGAUUUACACGCAAGAACAGUAUUAUUUGUUGCCAUUUGAAAUCAUUUUGUGGAAAUUUCUUUUUAAACUGAUUCCGGGCAAGAGCAGUAUUAUUUGUUGCUCAACAAAUUAUUUAUACCAUGAUUUUUCUGUACAAAAGUGGAGGAGAAACUAACGGUUACAAUUUUUCAAUUGAAUUAUAUCAUUGAAAGUGAUAUAUUUGAUCAUAUUAACUCAUUGUUAUUUUUUAACUCAAGAAUGAAGGAGGCAUUGGUUGAAUUACGAUAUCCAUCAAUAUUUUCUCCCCACCCUUCAUUAAAUUGCAAUCCCCCAUCAAGGUGUAUUGUAAUAUAUCUUCAGUAGGUGCUCUACAAGUAUAGCUACACAAAACUCCUUCUUGAAUACUUAUAGAGGUAUAUAAAUAUGCUGCAUCCUGAGGCAUACUUGGAGAAAAUGAUUUUUUUCUCACAUGAUACGGGGUGCAUUUUAAAGUAACUGUAUGUAUAAAGUAUAGAUAUGCUUGUAUAUGUGGGUUUAUGAAAGUGCAAUGGAAAGAUUAUGGAGCUAUAUUUGUCGUCCUAUUUGCCAAUUUUAGUUAAACCCAUUAUUUGCCAGUCUAGGAGUUGUUAAUAGAUAGGCAAUCUGUCAGCUAUUUUAAUGUUAGGAUGUAUUUCUGCUUCCCAUUUUCAGGGAAACCUAUUUCAACCUAUUACCUACUGACUAGUAGAAUACAACCGAAGGUCUCCAAUACUAGACUUCAUAUUAAAGAAUUAUGCAAAUGUAAAGGAGAAUCCAGUCUUGGUAAUGAUUAAAUUUCAAUAAAAGGAGAAAAACAAGAAACACAGAAUGGUGAAAGUUUGAAAGAGAUUGGACCAAGAAUGAGAAAUUUGUGGCAGUUUUAAAAAUGAGAUCACUAUAAAGACUAUGUAAAUCUCAAAUUGGCAAUUUGAUGGUAAGCUGUGACAAGUGAUAGAGGGCAAGUUUAUGUAUUUUUAAAAUUCAUUUUAUUUCCAGGCAAGAUAAUAACGAACAUGACAGCAAUUGAAGCAUUACAAGAGAAAUGUAUAAUUGAACACCAGCCAAUGCCUGGGGAUCACCUAAAAGAAUUGAAAAUUCUGUCGAGAGGUUCUCCACAUUGGCUGGUGCCUACAUAGAAUAAACAUAAAAUAGAAAUGAAUUUAAACAUGUAAUUAUAAUACUUCUAAAUGAAUUAACCUUCAUUGUAGUAUGAAGAGAGAAAUAAAAACAUGGUUAUCGAAUUAAAAUGAAAGAAUACAGAUUGGGUCAAAUCAGCAAUUAAUCAAGUUUCACAUUUGAUCCACAGUAUUCAUAUAGCGCCAUUUUUCUGUUAAAAACAUUUGUAGGCGCAUUACAUUUUUUGUCUCACCUGCAUAGCAGAGUGAGACUAUAGGCGCCGCUUUUCCGACGGCGACGGCGGCGGCGGCGUCAACACCAAAUCUUAACCUGAGGUUAAGUUUUUGAAAUGACAGCAUAACUUAGAAAGUAUAUGGACCUAGUUCAUGAAACUUGGCCAUAAGGUUAAUCAAGUAUUACUGAACAUCCUGCCUGAGUUUCAUGUCACAUGACCAAGGUCAAAGGUCAUUUAGGGUCAAUGAACUUAGACCAUGUUGGGGGAAUCAACAUCAAAAUCUUAACCUAAGGUUAAGUUUUUGAAAUGUCAUCAUAACUUAGAAAAUAUAUGGACCUAGUUCAUGAAACUUAUACAUAAGGUUAAUCAAGUAUCACUGAACAUCCUGCAUGAGUUUCACGUCACAUGACCAAGGUCAAAGGUCAUUUAGGGUCAAUGAACUUUGGCCGAAUUGGGGGUAUCUGUUGAAUUACCAUCAUAACUUUGAAAGUUUAUGGAUCUGAUUCAUGAAACUUGGACAUAAUAGUAAUCAAGUAUUACUGAACAUCCUGUGCAAGUUUCAGGUCACAUGAUCAAGGUCAAAGGUCAUUUAGGGUCAAUGAACUUUGGCCAAAUUGGGGUAUUUGUUGAAUUACAGCCAUAAAUUUGAAAGUGUGUUGGUCUAGUUCAUAAAACUUGGACAUAAUAGUAAUCAAGUAUCACUGAACAUCCUGUGCGAGUUUCAGGUCACAUGAUCAAGGUCAAAGGUCAUGUAAGGUCAAAGAACUUUGGCCACGUUGGGGGUAUUUGUUGAAUUGCCAUCAUAUCUCUAUAAGUGUAUUGGUCUAGUUCAUAAAACGUGGAAAUAAGAGUAACCAAGUAUCACUGAACAUCUUGUGCGAGUUAUAGUAGUUUUCAAAAUCAGCACUGCUGCUAUAUUGAAUCGCGUGAUGCAGGUGAGACGGCCAGAGGCAUUCCACUUGUUAUGUAAUUAUCAGGAAUCCAUAAAGGGGAGCUUCACCCUGGUGCUACAUGUACGUUUAAUUAAAACAGAAAACGUUUGUGAAGGUUUGAUGAUUAUACAUCAAAGAAUAAAAGGGUUAUGAUUAUUCAAAGUUUUUAUUUUCCAUCCUCACAGACGAACAGCUCUUCCGUAUGUCAUGUGAUAUACAUCUUUUCAAUGCCAUGAAGAGUAUACCACUUUUUUUUCUGAUUUUGGUAACCUUUCCCUGUAUGCGUCUACAUUGCCCAAUCGUGGUAUAAACAGUGGUUCCCGAGGUUAAUAGCAUAAGUGCAGCAAUUUAAUAGCGCCCUUUGGUAGAACAAUUCUUGAAAGUGCUACCCUUUAUAAAGAAGAUCAGAUAUAUAGAUAAAUUAACUCUCCAUGUCACUAGUUGAGCUUUUGGCUCAAAAUAUCUGCUCAAGGCUUUACCUUGUCAAACAAACAUGUAUGCAACUUUAUUAAAACACAUGUUUUUACUAUGGUGUCAGAUAAACCAAAACUCAGAUGAGUACCCAUUAUUUUUUACUUGAAUCUGCCAAUGUCAAUGUGUCUUUCCAUGCAGUUUAGCAUAGUAUUUUGACCUCAGCUAAUGUUUGUACCAAAAUAAAAGAAUUUCAAAUAGGUUUUUAUGUGUGUAUAAAUUGUCCAAAAGUAUGUUAUUUUGUUGAUUAUACAAUCCUUUUAUAUCUUUUAUUGAUUAUGUACCUUUUGUUUUGUGUUGGUCUUAUUUUGAAGUUCAAUACAUGACAAUAUGCUAUUUGCAGGUAGAAAUGAGAUCAUGAUUUUUUUAUUACUGAAAUGAUAAACUUAUCAUGGAUUAUUUCUCAUUUUAAUUUCUUAAAUAUUGCCUUAUUGGCUUAUGUCUUUUUUAAAGAUUAUUUGAAGAAAAAAAAUUGUGAAAAUUUUAAUUUGUCUCCCCUCUUCUCACGAUGUAUUCUCCGGUUUAUGAUUAUUUCUUGUUUACUUUUUUAAAGUAUGUUCUUCAAACUUACAUGUAUAAUGAUAAAAUGAAUUUCUUUUCAUAUUUAUAUGAAAGUUGAACAAAAAUAUUAAUUCUGGUAUAGAUAUUUAUUGUAUAAAUAUGAAUUUAUUGUACUUUUGAAGUAAAUAUUAAAUACUGAAUGAUGUGAAAUC